AGCCCAAAUUACUAUCAUAUGCUUCACUUUCUUGCUUCAUCCACUGUCCGAAUCAUCCCUCAACUGCUUCGCAGUUCUUGGACCAUUAUUACCGCCAACUGCGCAGCUACCAAUAUGGUUACUGAAAGUCUACUUUCUAAAACUAAGAAGCGUGCCAAUUUUCGAUUGUGCAAUGUAUCGAGUUACACCACUGAAUUAUUGGAGAUUCGGGCCGAGGAUCCAAGUUUUCAUGUUCUAUUUAUACCUGGAAACCCAGGUAUUAUCACAUUUUAUGUGGACUUCAUUGAAUUUCUAUAUGAACAGCUUGGAGGAAAUGCAUCUAUCACAGCUAUCGGCCACAUCUCUCACACAAUGAAGGAUUGGGAACGUGGACGGUUAUUCUCAUUAGAAGAACAGAUUAAUCACAAGGUUGCUUUCAUCAGAGAGGAAUUGCAAAAUGCUGGCAUUCCUAUUCUACUGGUUGGACACUCUGUUGGUUCAUACAUUUCCAUCGAGGUUUUUAAGAGGUCUCCAGAAAAGGUCAAAUAUUGCAUUGUGCUUUAUCCAUUUUUGACAUUAAACCAUCAGUCAAGAAAGCAAACUAAUAUUUUUAAGUGCGCAAGAUCCCCAUUCAUAUCUACUGCUUUUAGUUACACGAUAGCAUUAUUAGGAUUGCUGCCUACAUGGGCCUUUGAGUUUUUAGUCAGAAAAUCUCUUGGGGCAUCCUGGUCCGCCAACGCAGUUGAGGCUGCAUGCUCUCACUUGUCAAAGUAUCAUACUAUGCGGAAUAUCCUCUUUAUGGCGGAGACUGAAAUUGAAAAGCUUUCAGAGACACCCGACUGGGCCUUCAUAAGAGAAAGAAAGACUCAACUUGCAUUUUUAUAUGGUGUUGAUGAUCACUGGGGUCCACUUGAAGUUCAUGAAGAGCUUUCCAGACAGGUUCCAGAUGUUACCUUAACAAUCGAAAGAGAAAAUCACACCCAUAGUUUCUGUUGCACAGAGGAGGGCUCAUUAUGGGUGGCUCAGCACGUGUCUAGCUUACUCAAGGAUCAGAUGACAUGCAAAAGCACAUAAGUUUGAAACAAGGUUCAAAACAUGGCAUAAGUUGCUGCCGGGAAAA